CUCAAUGUUUUACUCCAGAGAGCAGUUCAGUGAAGAUGGGGCACUCUGAAAAAUGCACUGACCUGAAAACCUACUGGGAUGGGAAUACAUGUAAGUUGUGUCAUCACCCACGCCCAGGAUAUGGAAUCACCCCUAACUGUGGCCAUGGUGACGACGGAUCUAUACACGAUGUCCCGAGCAAAAAGUGCAAAGCCAAUAUGUUUAAUGAUGGCAGCAGUUUAUUUUGUCAAACUUGUGGAUCAUGUCCGGCCGGGUUUAACAUUUUGAGCCCGUGCAGCCUAACUCAUGACACGACGUGCGAAGCUCAAAGGACGACGACCCCAGUGACUACGCGGACGCCGAUUCAGACAAACACAGGAUCCAGCUUGAAACCAAAUGAAGCUACUACAACUACCCUCUCUCCAGAGCUACGUAGUCCUGAUGUACUACUGUGGGCAGUACCGUUGGUCAUCCUAAUUUCCAUCAUGCUUGUUGUGUUAUGUGCUUGUCUAAUCUACAGGAAGAGGAACAGAGGCCAGAACACAGUGUUGACUUUUAGGAGAAGAUCAUCAUACGUCAAUUCAGGGUUCUCUCCUCUGUCUGACCCACCUGGUAACAAUGAUCUGGAGGGGAUUCUGAGUCCCAACAUCCUGUCAGCGCCUUUACAGACAGUGCUGGACAACCUGGAUGUUUUAGAAGAUCUGGUGAUUCUGUUGGAUCCAGAAAUUCAGGGAGUAAAGAACACCAAACAUCUGGCGUCUCUUUGCUCCUUCCCUGCCACCUGGAUUACUUACACCUACUCUAUGAAGGAGAGUAAGAGCCCUCUGAAAGCGGUGUUGGAGGGAGUCACCAGCAGGCACCCUGACUUGACAGUAGGGUACAUGGCUAAGCUGCUCAGACAUAUGGAGCGCAAUGAUGCCAUCGCUAUUCUUGGGAAAUUAGGACAGGAUGUGAUGAUUGUGUAAUAUUCAUUCCACCUGUGAAUGCCAAAAGCCUUUUACGGGCAGGGUUUGGACUGCAGAUGUUUGCCUAAAGGCCGUUUUGUAGUUGUGCGUAGAAUCGACGGCGCAGGUUUCCGUAGCCUGACGUGCACCUCUCGAAAAAUGUAACUACACGUCGCAGCGACGCACGUCGCUCUGCCGUGGCUUGGUAGGGUUGCAUUUCCCCCGACUCAUUUCCUGGUUCUCCUUCUCCAUAAACAACAUGAAAUUGAGGAGAGGGUUAACUUUUCCUGCUACAGAUUUCCAACCUUGUUCAGAAAGAACAAGGGAGACACUUUGUUUCUCUUACUAUGACUCUAGAGUCGCUACUUGCUCCGAAGAUAAUCGCCGUCACUCUCUCACUGAUCCCUCGCUCUAUCACCCACUCCCCACACACACACACACACA